AGAUGCAACAAGUUCAGCAGCCCUUCAUUAUGGUGACUUGGUGCACCAGAAACUUGCUGACCAAGGAUAUUAUGAUCAACCAGGACCUUAUAAGACGACUGAUGAAAUGUGUGUUACUGUCAACGAUUUGGAGUAUGUUAGAAGAUCUUUGGCUGAACUGAGACCUGACCAAGGGGAUCAUCCUGGUUUGCCAAUGAUCGAAUCAAGUUUGACACAACUAGAACAGUGUGCACUGCGCGUUUUGGGCAGAAUCGGUCCACAAAUGCAAAACGCUUUACAAAAAGUCAUGUUUCACUUGGCAUGGUCACCAGAAUCCUUACCAACGACCCAGGCAAUAGUACCCUUGUUGGAGUACCUAGACAACCACCUAUCAGCUCUAAAUGCUGCUUUGUUGGCUCGAAAUUUUUCCAGGGCUUUGUCCAUUGUUUGGUCAGCAGUUUUGGCAGGUCUUUCUGGGCAAACUGAUGUCGGAGGAGGAGAUGGUGAACGUCCUGCAGUAUACCACGACAGACUGCACGAUGCCCUUAACCUUCUUGCAGAAUUCUUUCACGCGGGGGGACAAGGUCUAUGUGAUGAAGACCUCAAAACAGAAGUCUAUCGUCGUGUCGAACAACGUCUAUGUUACCAUCGUACAGAUACAGAAGGCCUGAUAGACCUUUUCCAUUGCAACAGACUGGCUGACCAGAUGGCUGCCAUAGCUCAAGGAGCACAAUGUGCAGUCCCUUAUGGGGUACUUGGUGUCAGGGCUUAUUUUAACCACGAUUCAUUGUGUGUAGAAGUCCUUCAUGCCAGGGAUGUGAUUCCUUUAGACCCUAAUGGAUAUAGUGAUCCUUUUGUGAUCAUUGAAUUGUUACCAAGAAGGGUUUUUGCCCAUUGUGGCGAGCAACACACAAACGUUCACAAGAAGACUCUGAAUCCGAUUUUUGACGAAUGUUUUGAGUUUUCAGUAACUUUGGACCAGUGCAGGUCAGAAGGUGCUAUGGUUGCAUUUACGGUGAUGGAUCAUGAUGUUUUGACUGCCAAUGAUUUUGCUGGAGAGGCUUUUUUGGCCCUUGGCAACAUUCCAGGAGUAGCUGAUGGAAGUUCCAGUGUGGAAAACUUUCAUGGUCUAAAACACGUUGAUCUUCCUUUGAUGCACCAACACGAUAAACAAAAUCCAAUUUUACAAAUUUUGGAGUCCAGAACAGGUGACCGAAUGGCCAUAGAAUUUGUGAAGAAACAAAAACUUAGGUUCUCAUCAGCGUAAUUAGAUGUAGAACAUUUUGAACCAACUGCCAAC